UUGUCCUUCUUUACAUUACUCAAACAAAUCAAACUUAACAAAAUGUUCAAGCUGUUCGUAUUCGCCUGCUUCAUGGCUCUCGCCGCCGCCAAGCCAUCAGUGGUGCCACUAGCGUACACCGCUCCAGUGGCCGCAGCGUACACAGCGCCCGUAGCAGCAGCCUACACCGCGCCCGUGGCUUACAGCGCGUACUCCGCUUAUCCCGCUCCCGUUGCCGCUUACUCCGCACCUUACGCAGCUUACUCCGCCUACACAUACGCUUCUCCCUACUCCUACUACCUUCGUCGUUGAUUUACAAAAGCCCAACCUGUGAGACUACGUAAAUAAAUAUUGUUUAAAAGCA